AUGUUUUGCAGCAUACUCCCCCCAACCAAACGGACUUGCGCGCCAUUAUCACUGGCGCAACCUGAAACUUCCAGCGGCCUCUGGUCUGUGGAUGGAGCAGCGUUGGCAGAUCUGAGGGCACCAUUUUUACACAAAACACUCAUCUCCACCUACUCUUUCUUACACCAUCGGCAAGCAUUCGUGGGCAGCGUGCAUAUCCGUUUGCCGUGGCUGUGGCUGUUUCUGCGCCUCGUCUCCCCCUUCUCUUCUUUCUUCCCUUCACGCGGCAACAUAAAACCUUACCGAUCAUAUCGAUUAGUUCCUACACUUCCGUCCCAUUUGCAUAUUUUUGGCCAUUUUCGUAUUUGUUUUCACGGCUUUUGUUGUUUCUCGCAGUGUUGAAUGGUCCGAGACGUCGCCGCGCGCUCGUUUUCUUUUUAUACUCGGCUAGGGCCGCCGGAACGUUUCACUUACCGCCUCCGCUGAACGGCUCUGUGCCCUUGCUGUUGCGCAACUCCGUAAAAACUGUCUGGACGUCUCUUUCCCUUGUAUUUGUUCUGUUUGACGAGUUAGGUCAGCCUGAAAAAAAUGUCGAUUGGAUUAUGAUUUUCGGUCAAUCUUUGAUGAGCAAACGACUUCCUAAUGAGACAACGAUGGAAAAAAGAAUAAACGUUUUUUUUCUUUCUUUUUGAACAAUUUUCAGGCAAAGUUAUUUUUGUUCAUUCAGUUUGCUGUUUUUGUCAAGAAAAAAAAGCUCAAAACUUUAAUUAAAUAUAUUUGAACAAAGGUUUUUUCCGGUUAAGUUACCGGUUUCUUGAGAUUCUAUUUUUAAAUUAAGAGGAAAAUGUUUUUGGAAAGCGGGAAUCAUCAUUAAAAAAACUUUAGAACCCAUGGAUAACUACAAUUUUCCUUCCAUUUGUUGAGAGAAUAAUCAAAGAUCCUUCCUACAGUUUUCCCAGCCAUUCUCAUUUGUGAUUCAUCUUUAAAAAAACUAACCCUUUUGACCAUCCUCGCGAAUCUUUGUCUUUUGAAUCGGCUCAACUCAAUCGAAAAAAAGAAGAGCGGCCUGUCAACGCGCGCCGUUUUGAUCGCAAACGCCAUUUGCCUUGCAUUGCGUGAGACCAACACUCCCGCCCCAACGACGUUGCUUCUAGCGUUCAGCGUAGUCGAAGCCGACGAUCGAUGGUGUGCGGCGGGAUGGACUCCGACCACCACAUCAAUGGCGAACUUGCCCAUGGUUUUGAGAACCUCGUUUGUGUCCGGUUGGUUCAAUUACGAUUACUUUUGAUCUCCCCGGACGGUUUCAGAUGCAACGACGGGUUUUCCAUGCAAGACCAAAUGGUCAACUCUUCUGGACAAGUCUGGCACUCAGAAUGCUUCGUGUAAGUUUUGUCUUUAUUUGGUAUUUUGGAAACAAUAGACUCAUGAGUGAAGUUUGAGAGGUGAGUAUUUUCGCGGAUGGAAGUGACAAAAAACGUUCCUGGAAAUGAAUAAUCUACAGUAGUGGAGUCUUCUUUUUGAGUUUUUUUUUGGUGACCUAAGAGGUGGAAAAUUUCUGGCGGCUUAAUCAUUUUUAAAAUGCUCCUAGAACCAUAGUUCAAUUUAUAGUUCAAUCCAUAGAUAGAACCAUAAUUCAAAAAAAUUAUAAUGAGUUUCAAAAAAAGAGUAAAUUUGAAUGCAGGUCGAUACCUAACCCAUACUGAUCUCAGUUAUUUUUUGGGUCUAAAAUAAUCUUUUUUUCAGCUGAAAACUUGCUAUUAGGCUCGUAAAAGCUAUUCUGAUUCCCCUUAUAAUUUUUAAAAUUUCCCAAAAAAACGAACUUUCAAAAGUCCAUUUCAAAAUUUGUUGAUUUCAGUUGCGCACAAUGUUUCGAGCCAUUCCCGGAUGGCAUCUACUUCGAAUUUGAAGGCCGAAAAUACUGCGAACACGAUUUCCACGUUCUCUACGCUCCCUGCUGUGGAAAAUGCAGUACGUUCUAAAUCAUCACAUCGUCUUAUUACUGAAAAUGUUUGAAGACGAGUUCAUCGUUGGACGAGUCAUCAAGGCGAUGAACGCAAGUUGGCAUCCGCAAUGUUUCUGUUGCGAAAUUUGCCACAAACAGCUUGCAGAUAUCGGUUUUCUUCGUAACGCCGGAAGGUAGUCGUCAUUGUCAUUGUUGUUCUCCUUUUUCUCAAAAUUUAAUUUAUUUGUCAUCCAAAAUAGUGUAAAAAUCAUCAUUUUUGUUUUUUCUUCGCUUGAAGGUGUAACUUGAUGGAAACUCGCUAUUGUAACAGAAAUGAAUCACCCAUCUUAGUUCAAAGUUGCUUUAUGGUCUUGUGUUUAGUUUUCCUGAAUCACGAACUUCUUCUGAAGCUUGCAACUUUUUUAAAAUUUUCUCAAGCAUCAAAAAGUUUUCAAAAAAAGCAAACACAGGUUUUUUUCAAAAAGAAAAAUCGAGGUUUAUUUUUUUUAGAAAUGUAGCCGACUCAAUUUUUUUGAAUUAUUGAGAUAGGAAAAAAAGUUCUUCAAAGGGAUUCGGUCUGAAAAUUGAGCUUCAGCCUGUUGAACUCAAUAACGCCUAUGGGGGAUAAAGAUUACAGAUAGUUUCCUCCUUUUAAAAAAAUUCCGAACAAAAUCUGAAAAUUUUCUGGAAGCUCGAACCCUAAAAACGCCUAAAAUUUGACCAAAUAAGUUCCAUAGAAAGUUUGUCGGACUUAUCUAAAACAAAAAUACGAGAAAAUGUUUCAGGGCGCUUUGCCGAGAGUGCAACGAGCAGGAAAAAGCUGCAGGUACAGGAAGGUACGUCUGCCACAAAUGCAACGCCAUCAUCGACGAUGGUCAGCACAUCAAGUUCCGUGGCGACUCUUAUCAUCCAUAUCAUUUCAAGUGCAAGAGAUGCAAGUCAGUUUUUUUUAAAAUAUUAUUUAUUUUAUUCAAGUGUUAGCAAAGAAUAUGUUUAAGAAGAACCGCUUAACAGUAUUUUUUUCCUUGAAAAAAAUACUUUGAGCUCAUUUUGUUAGUCAAAAACCAGUUUGGAACGUAUCCUAUAGUGUUCUCAACUUCGCGAGUCGGGGAAUAUUGAGUGGGCUGUAGUGAAGAUCACUGCACAACAGGACAACAGCUGUUGUCUUUUGAUCCAUGCGAGUUUAUUCCGCUCCACGGCUUAGUUUUUAUUCCAUUUCGUGCAACGGGAAGACGAUGUUUCUUUUUUAUAAAUCAGUUUGGUUGCAGCAACGAGCUCACGACAGACUCACGCGAAGUCGGCGGCGAACUUUACUGUUUGAGGUGAGAUCUUUUUUGUGAUUUAUCUGAAACAGGGAAAGGUGUUAGAAAAAGAAAAAAUUCGAUACUUGAAGUUUAUUUGGUUCUUUUUUUCGAAACAGUGAAUGGAUGAAAGAAUGAACUAUCCAAAAAUAUCUUAUCAGUAACACAAAAACAGUAGUUUUUAUGAAAUAAAGGCCUUUUUAUUUUUCCCAUCGAGCAGGAUUUGUAAAAUUAGAGCGAUUCAAGCAAUGAAAACUCAUCGAAUUACCGUCAGAAAAAGAUACGAAAAAAACGAGGUUACGGUCAAAAUUUUUCUUUGUAAGUAUUCAAAUCUUUCUGAAAAAUUCUGAAGUUGUGAAAAAUGUUUCUUUUGACACUCUGAUGAAGUUUCAGCUCACAGAAAAAAAAGAAGUUCCAGAAACUUUUGGAAGAUUCCUCACAAAAAAGUUUUGACCAAAGUCGCGAUUUUUCGUAUCUUUCUUGACGGUACUGUAUGUUCACCCAGAAAUUUCGGAAUUUUUUUUUAAAUUUGCUUAGUUGAGGCUUAUACGUCAGUUUCCAAAAGGAUAACUUUCAAAAUCUAACAACUCCAGAUGUCACGACACAAUGGGAAUUCCGAUUUGCGGCGCUUGCCAUCGUCCGAUCGAGGAACGAGUCGUCGCUGCUCUCGGAAAGCAUUGGCACAUUGAGGUUCGUAAAUGGAUGAACUCUAUCAAAAACAAAUUUUACAGCAUUUCGUUUGUUCGGUUUGUGAGAAGCCGUUCCUCGGUCAUCGACAUUACGAGAAGAAAGGGCUGCCUUAUUGCGAACAGCAUUAUCACAGGGUUUCUACUUCAAAAUAUUUAAGGUCUUUACUUUCCUUUUUUCCAGCUUUUCGGAAAUCUGUGCUUCAAAUGUGGCGAACCUUGUUGCGGGGAAGUUUUCCAGGUGAGUAAGAUAUGAUUUGGUUAUUACUUGUUUCAAAGCUGGAAACAUUUGGGACAAAACUAUUUCAGUUUCCUGUUUCAUUUUAUUACAUGCUACUGUCGCUGGCUUGAAAUAAAUAGCAAAAUCAUGAAAUUCCAAGGUUUUUUUUCAUCAAGUUUUCUCAGGCUCUCCAAAAAACCUGGUGCAUUCGUUGUUUUGCUUGCAGUUUCUGCGACAAGAAGCUUGAUCACAAGUAAGUUUCCCAUCAGAGUAUUUCAGAAUCGUCACUUUUUUCAGGACAAAAUUCUAUGAAUUUGAUAUGAAGCCGACGUGCCGUCGUUGUUAUGAUCGUUUCCCGACCGAGUUGAAGAAGAGAAUCUCUGAAAGUCUAAAGGUCAUUUUUUCCUUUUUCUACUUGAAAAAAACGUUAGAUUCCAGGAUCGUGAUGUUGAAAGUCAACAGAGAAGAUCCAUGAGUCCAGCGCCGAAAUAA